AUAAAGGAUAUCCGCGAUUCUUUUAACUCCACUUUCCACAUCUAUAUAAACCCUCAAUUCUAUGGUACGCAACCUCUCUAGAAACCCUAAAAAAACUUGUUGCAUCAAACUCUAGUCUCCUCCAACAGAGCAAGGCUAGGGUUUUGGGAUCUUCUACAUAUCUAACACCAAAGUUAAUAGAAAAUCGUGAAGCCAUGGCUCUGGUCUUGCACGCUGGAAAUACAAACAAAAAUGCCUUCAAGGCACUUAUUGUUGGAGAGUACUCCGGGAUCAAAGUUGAUCUUGUUAAGGAUUUUGAAAUGGGGGUUUCCAACAAAGCUCCAGAGUUUCUUAAGAUGAAUCCUCUUGGAAAGGUUCCAGUACUUGAAACACCUGAAGGUGCCAUAUUUGAGAGUAAUGCUAUUGCUCGUUAUGUUGCUUCUUUGACCGAAAACAGUCCUCUCUUAGGAUGUUCAGCCAUUGACAAGGCUCAUAUUGAUCAAUGGAUUGAUUUUUCUGCCAUGGAGGUUGAUGCUAAUAUCUUGCGCUGGUUUAUCCCAAGAAUUGGGUUUGCCCCAUACGUCCCUCAAGCUGAAGAACAUGCCGUAACCAGUUUGAAGAGGGCACUGGAUGCCUUGAACACUCACCUUGCUUCCAACACUUUCCUUGUUGGGCAUGCUGUGACUCUUGCUGACAUCAUAAUGACAUGUAACCUGGUAUUGGGAUUCAGUAAAGUCAUGACCUCAACCUUCACAAAAGAUUUCCCUCACAUUGAAAGGUAUUUCUGGACCAUGGUCAAUCAACCAAAUAUCAAGAAGGUUUUGGGUGAAGUAAAGCAGACAGAUUCCGUUCCACCAGUUCAAGCUGCCCAAAAGCCAGGUGCUGCAAAGCCUAAGACCGAAGCUAAAAAAGAAGUCAAGAAAGAGGCCCCUAAGCCAAAGGCUAAGGAAGAGGUUGCCGAUUUAGAGGAGGAGGCACCUAAGCCCAAGGCUAAGAACGCCCUUGAUCUUUUGCCACCAAGCAAGAUGGUUUUGGACGACUGGAAGAGGCUGUACUCAAACACCAAGAAGAACUUCCGUGAGGUUGCAAUUGGAGGUUUUUGGGAGAUGUUUGAUCCCGAGGGCUACUCACUGUGGUUCUGUGAUUACAAAUACAACGAUGAGAAUCUUGUUUCAUUUGUCACCAUGAACAAGGUUGGUGGUUUCCUUCAAAGAAUGGACUUGGCUCGCAAGUACGCUUUUGGAAAGAUGCUCAUCAUCGGCAAUGAGCCACCAUACAAGUUGAAGGGAUUGUGGAUCUUCCGUGGACCAGAUGUCCCCCAAUUUAUUAUUGAUGAGUGUUACGACAUGGAGCUCUAUGAGUGGACUAAGGUUGAUUUGUCUGAUGAAGCUCAGAAGGAACGUGUCAAUCAGAUGAUCGAAGAUGCUGAGCCUUUUGAGGGAGAAGCCUUGUUGGAUGCUAAGUGUUUCAAAUGAUCUGGUUUCAUCUCCUCACCACUUGUUAUUAGUUGGGAAUUUAGUGGUAGAGUCGGGGGUUUUCUGUCCCAUGUUAGUUUGGUGUAUUUGAAUUAACUUGAGUUUCAUGUUGCCUACAACAUUUUUGUCAGCACUCUGUAAUAUGAACUACAGGUUUAUGUUUCUAUGUCCUUGUUUAUCUGAUGAAGUAUUAGAUGUAUGUUUUCUCCUA